CGCCGCUGCGCACCGUGACGCACCGGGGAGCGUGGCGCGAACCCCGGCAGCUUCACCCACGAAAGUCUGCGGAGGGAAAGCAAACCUCUUGCUGCCUAAAUCCUCUCCCAUUUUGGAUUUGCCACGUCAGGCUCGCUUGUGGUUUUCUUGUUCCGGAGAUGCCACUCGUGUCCCGCCUCUGUCCUCCUCUCUGUGGGAUUGGGAUGGAUGUGGCGUCGUGAGGAGGCACCAACCUGCGGAUAAUCACAGUUUGGACUUUUUGGCUCCCCAAGCGGCUCUUCCUCAUGCAGCUCCUCCGUCUGGCCUGGGCUCUGACUGCCGCUGCGGUCUGCUUUCUGCUUCUCCUGCUCCUCCACAACCAGAUUCUGAGGGAAGGUCAGCUGGCUGCAGGGACCUGUGAGAUUGUCACUCUGGACCGGGACAGCAGCCAGCCUAAGAGGACCAUCGCCCGACAGACAGCCCGCUGUGCCUGCAGGAAGGGGCAGAUCGCUGGGACAACACGAGCCAGACCGGCCUGUGUCAACGUUCAUAUCAUCAGGAGUCGACAGUGGUGUGAGAUGACUCCGUGUUUGGACGAGGAAGGAUGUGAUCUCCUGGUUAAUCGGUCGGGCUGGACCUGCACGCAACCGGGAGGCCGAGUCAAAACCACCACGGUUCUUCUGUCUAGUUGCCAGUUUGGGCACGUUUGGACCGCAGGAGGCUUUUCAUAGACCUGUUCAUAGAACUGAUGGACCCUCUUUUUUGUGUGUCUGCACCGCAGGAACUGAGAAUGAUAAUAGGCCAUUUGGAGGGACUGUUUUAGCUCCUUCUUCAGGGGAGGUACGCUCCAAGCACAGUAGGAACCAUGAGUUACGUACAUGUACAUUUAAAAAAAUAAAACAUGUUAGUCGUGUAAACAACAGCGAUCAAUAGCCAUCACCAACACGAGGAGCUGCAGUCUGCCUAUGAAGCCUCUGUAGAGGGUUACUGGCUCCUAAUGUUAAUCGCUAACACUUGGCUUAAUAUAACUUUACUUCAGUGUUCCGACUGGCGGAGCGAAUGCAAACAGGAAAAAGCCCAUGAAGGUGUGUAGCUCCUGGGGGUGCUCCCCAUUUGGGUAGUCUCUAGAACUAAGUCCCCAGAACUGUUUGGCCUGAAAGUGCCUAUUGGCUCAGCUUGGUUCACAUUAUGACCUCUAGGCCAGUGCCCAUUCAUGUUUUUGUCUUUGUGCUGACCUCACACACUCAUGGCCUUUUGCCAUGUGCUCUUCCUGAAGCAACCAUUUCCUGUUUGGUCUCUGCACUUGGGUUCUAUUCACAACAGCCUGACAGUGAGUUGCUUAAUGAAUUUGGGCCGUGAGGUUAGUGUAUCACAGCAGCAGCAUUUUUUCUGCAAAGACUCUUCACAUGUGCUGUGACUGCAGGAGUUUAAGUAGCAUUUGAAAUGUUCCAAACGCACCCUCAAGUCCAUGUUUAAUCAGCUGUGAGCAGAUGAGUGUUUAGGGACAGUGUGAAUGUUGAUACUGUUUCAGAGUGAUGUAUGGUUCUCGAUGUAAUCCAGCUCAUCUUUGUCCGACUCCUACGGCUUUUUAAGGAUUCCGGCUGCAGUCAAACAUGUGGGACAUGAAUAAUUCAGAGGUGAGCGGCUCAUGGAUGCUGCUGCCACUGCUGCUUCUCCUUCAUGUGAAUCUUCACCUGGAAGCAAUUACAAAGAGCUCUGCCUUCACUGGGACAGACAGAAAGUGGCCCCACUCGUCCCCAGAGCAUCUUGUUUUUAAUCAGUCCCAGAGUCUUCAGGAGAACGUGUCCACUCUGUGAGAUACAAAAGCUGCAUCUUGGGUGGAGCUGCUGUCACAUGAGAGUGUGGUGUAGUGCAGCCUCAGAAAGACCAAAGGUUAUGAAUCAUUCAGCUAAAAUAUUAUUUUAUCAGUUGCAGCUCCAUUAAUAAAUCAUAACACUCUAAAAUGUUAUUCUUCUUGUAAACAAACCUCAUGAAAAGCUUGUGUCCAAAACCUGAUAAACCCAUGGAUGAUAAGUGAAACGAAACCCAACCAGCAGCAUCACUG